AUGUCGAUCCCUACUACUAUGCGUGCUGCCAAAGUCGGUGUAGAUAAACAUCACUACGAUCUAGUGACUCUACCUGUCCCUCAGCCAAAAGGAUAUGAAUGUCUUUUAAAAAUCGGUGCAGCGGGAUUUUGUCAUACGGACACUAUGGUACUAGAAGGGGUAUUCGGUGGUAAUAAAGUAAUUGGGAGUCAUGAACCUUCUGGAACUGUGGUAGCUCUUGGAGAAGAUGCGGAAAGGGAUGGGAGAGUGAAAUUGGGUCAGAGAGUAGCAGGUAUGUUAAAGAGAGAUGUUUGUUUCGAAUGUUCCGAUUGUAAACUCGUCGAUUGGAUAUACUGUCAAAAAGGUCUUAAUUCCGGACUUGACAUUGAUGGUUUUUUCUCAGAAUACGCUAUUGUCGAUUCCCGUUUCUGCGCUACAUUACCUGACAACAUGUCUUUCGAACAAGCCGCUCCGUUGACUUGCGCCGGUUUGACAAUUUACAAAGCUAUAAAACUUGCCGUGGAGAAAAAAGGUAUAUUACCUGGGAAAGGUAUAUUGGCUAUUAGUGGUUUAGGUGCUUUAGGACAUUUAGGUACUCAGAUGGCAAAAGCUAUGGGCUACACAACAAUCGGUAUCGAUGCUAGACCAGGACCUAUAUCAUUGGCUAAUGAGAUGAAACAUAAACCCGAUUUGACUAUCGACGCUUCGAAAGUCAAUGUCGAAAAGGCUAAAGAAAUGAUUAAUGAUCUACGUCCAAAAGGUUAUUUCGGAUGGGAAGGAGUUGAUGCAAUCAUCAUGUGCGCAGACGCCGUAGCUUCUCAACGUUACGCCAUCAACCUUCUCGUUCCACACGGUUUAAUGGUGAUCGUAGCUCAACCACCAACAUACACGUUCGAAUUCCGUGAUUUCAUUUUCAAAGAUAUCUCAGUUAUCGCCAGUAUGCACGGGAACGAGAUACAAUUACAAGAAUGUGUUGAUUUAUGUGCCAAAGAGGGAAUAAGGACGGAAACCACUACGUUCACUUUGGAUCAACAUAAGGAAAUGUGUGAUGCUAUUCAUCAAGAUGGUUGGAAGGGGAAGGCUGUGAUGGUUUUUGAGUAA